AUGUUCAUCGGUGAGGUGAUGUUCUGGCUGUUCUCCACGAAACCACGAAAAACAGUGUACGCGAACUGUGGCGAAUGCAAAGUGCACCUGUUCACAAGGCGCCUUCUUCGUUUCAUCGCUGUGUUCUUGUGUGGAGCAUUAGUGACGCAGAUUUUCGUCGACACGAUCAAACUGAUGACCGGCUAUCAGCGACCAUAUUUUCUAUCGCUGUGCAAUGUCUCUAUCAGUGCCUGCACGGCACCAUUGGAACAUUCGCCGUCACCGUCACCCCAUCUGGCGUGCAACUUCCGAGGGGCUGAUGAGCUCCGGUACGCUUGGCUCACUUUCCCGUCACUACACGCCGCCUUUUCCAGCUACUCUUGUAUAUUCGCAUCG